AUGAGCAUUGAAAAUUGGCUGGACGAAGAUUGUUAUACUGCGACUCAAUCUCAUAAUUUAGAAGCUGAAUCAUUAUUUACCGAACUUCAAUCUACAAGUACAAGCAUUGCUUGCCCUACUGUUACUUCCAACACCAUGUCCACAGAACAAUGGAAAGAUAUAAUUAUAAAAAAUGGUGGAGAUAUCCUUAAUAAAUAUGAGAAAUUGGGUUUGAUGCCCAAUACAGAAAGAAAACAACUUGUCAAUAUAACAUGUGCGAAAUUGGUAGAAAUGUAUGGUUUAAAAGUACCAGAAUUUGCUAAAAGAAAUUUGGGAGAGGCCAUUAUAAAUAUUUUUCCUUCUCUACGGGAUCCUACAGGAAAAUACGGAUAUGAAGCAUUUUAUUCCAACAAUAAUGGAGGAGAAGGAUAUUUGUCAUGGCGUCUUAGAACAAUAGCCAGAACUACGUAUAAAAAAGAAGGGCCUAAACGAAAACAGAAAAAUGAUUUACAAAAUGAACCACCGGCCAAAAUUACAAAAAUAAUCGAAAAAACACAAGAAAUAUCUGAUGCUAUUGAGUUUUUAAAACAUGUUGAUAAAAAUGAGUUGGAUGUAAUAUAUCAAAAAAUGGAUUUUACUUACAAGUAUAGAAAAGGCUUGGGAGAUAUAAUUCUUAAAGAGUUUCCAAGAUUUUUUGACGUUCCCUCAUUGCUUGAACGAGAUUUUUUGAUUGAGUUUCCAAACAAAGUAAACUUUGAGGAUCGCUUCACUGCAGAUUUGGAUAAAAUUUUAAAUAUAUAUGAUUACACCGUAAAAAACCCCUUAUUGGACAUCCAGAAAAGCUCCCCUCUCAAUGAGCCAGGAUGGGAUAAAACCACACGAGCAGCUCUUGCAAUUUUGUAUAUGUUACCACCUACGCCAAACAGACAAAAUAAAGAAAAUAAUCAUUUAUCACCUAUUGAUCGAUUCAUAGUGUUUAAAAAUAACAAUAUUCCACUGGAAGAAGUAAUUUCCAAAAAAAGAACGUCACAGCCAAUUAUUGUUGCUCAAGGAAGCAAUAAGGGGGCCAUUACACAGUAUAACAUAAUACUGGAUAAUAAAAUAAUUCCAUGUCCCCGGUUCUGCAGCAGUGCGAAAGCUAUUCAGUGUCUGUUUAUGAGUCACUUCGUAUUUAGUCUGGAAUAUGAUGAAUAUUUGAAACAUUUUUGGAGGUUUAUCCAAACGUAUUAUUUUGAAAUUGAUGCAGAAAAAAUAAUAUACACUCCAAAGAUGAUUGAACUAAGAACAAGGCUCACCCACUUCAAGGUACCUGUAUAA